AUGAAAAUCAAACUUUCGUCUGUGGUUUUUCUUUCCUGCCUGCUAACUCUGAUUCGAGUAAACUGGGCACGCAAUUUAGAAGCUGCAGCACCGAGUCAUGAUCUCACGAAACAUGAUGUGAAAGCAGCUACAAGACACGAUAUCAGUUCUGAUAAUCUUGAUCUCGUCAACCAGAAUGGAAGUUCAGCUCUUAUGUAUUCUCAUGGUGAGUAUUGCAAUUGUUGUAGUUGAGUUAUUUCAAUGGUGUGUCCAGCUUUUUCUGAACCUGAGAGAUCAGAAGAGGAUGGUAGUCUAUGUGUUACCGGUUUAGUUUCUGUCAUGGCCAGAAAACAAUGUUUCUUGGUUUGCCCACAUUCGGAAAACAUCGUUUGGAAACAGUGUUUCCUGAUUUGUCAACCUUUGGGAAAGAUGGCUAUAAAAUAACGGUUUCUGGUUUGUCCACACGCGAAACGUGGCUAGGAAACAUCUCUUGGUUUGUUCACCUUUGGGAAACAUGACUAGGAAACAAUAUAUGUUUUCUGUUUUGCCAUGAACCUUCGGGAGAGAUGGCUUGGAAACAAUGUUUUCUGGUUUGUCCAUCUUUGGGAAACAUGGCUAGGAAACAUGUAAUGUUUCCUAUUUGUCCACCUUCCGGAAGCAUUGCUUGGAAACAUUGUUUCCUGGUUUGCCUAUCGUUGGGAAACGUGGCUAAGAAACAAUGUUUAAUGGUUUGUCCAUCUUUGGGGAACAUGACAAUGUUUCCUCAACAGUCUUUGCUGGGUUUUCUGUUCGGAUUGAUUAAUACAUGGUCCACGUUAUAAAAUUGUUCCAUACGGCCCAUAUUUAGUUUGAGAUGACAUUAAUUGUUCUCCUCUCUUAUUCUCUUCAGCAAAUGACGUCAUCAAUGGCGGCUUCACUGAUUGGUCAGCUUGGUCUGAAUGCAGCAGUGAUUGUGGUAAGCGGUCUCUACGGUCACGUGAGAGAUACUGUACCAAUCCUUCACCCUCCAAUGGUGGCGCGGACUGUGAUGGUGAAAGGUUUCAACUGACCUUGUGUAAAGUUGUUCCGUGUAGUCGUAUGGUGACUUCUCGCCCUAAACCACGUCAUGGUAAGAUGUAUGAAUUAUGUGUCAAUGUCUUGUUCCACAAGACAGUUUUGCGUGCUGCUAAUCUGAACAAUUCUCGGUUUCCUUCUAUGCUAAUACUGCACCGUGCUUCAAGAGUAGAAGUGAAGUAUAAACUGGGAGCUCUAUCAGUUUUAACCAGGUUCCAACUCGUUUUCCCUAAAGCUGCAGUAAGGGUCAUGCUUUACUUGUUCAGUGUUACUACAGGAAGAAACCUAAAUGAAAUUAACGUUAUUUAUACUGGAUAUCUAUAUCAGUUCUAACUUGUCUCCCUGAUGUCCAGAAGGGUCAUUUCUGUUUGGCCCAGUGUUAAUACCAGACCUGGAAAAAAGUGGGAUCUCGGGAUCCUGGAUCCUGAGGACCUGCUGAGGAGCAUUUGCCUUAGCAACAAAAUUGAGGAACAUUUUGAAUUUGUCACGCGUACUUUAAGGUAGAAUUUUAAGGAAUUAUAUUUAGUUAUCUGCUAUUUGAGUCUAUUUUGAGAUUACGAAGUGUUCUUCAUAUCCUGUUAAUAGAAUUUGAAGAUUGUUUUGUUUCCUCAGCAAUUUUACAACCAAUAUAAUUGAGGAACAUUUGAAAAAGGCAAAUUCAGGAUCCGAGGAACAUUCAACACUUUUUCAAGGUCUGGUUAAUACUACUACAGGCGGAAGCCUAAACUAAACUAACUAUAUUUAUAUUGCAUAUCUCUAUCAGUUCUAAACUGCUCUCUCCAGAGGUCCAGUAAGAGUCAUCUCUUAUUGGUACAGUGUCACUACUACAGGAGGAAAUCUAAAUGAAACCGAUCUAUUAUACUGGAUAGCUCUGUCAGUUCUAAACUUUUCUUUGGGGGACGCCCAGUGGCACUACAGGCGGGAAAUAUAGUACUGUACCUAGAGAAAACCUGUGGUACUUGGUAAAGUUCAAGUGCUCAACAAGCAGUCUUGUCACAUACUAAUGUACGUAACAACUGCAUAUUGUAGGAAUUGGAACCUAGCCACAGAGGUAAACCACUGUGCUACCAAAACUUUAAUUUACACUCCUACAUGCUUUGUCUUUUAGUGAUUAGUAAAUUUGGUCAGUGGUCGGGCUGGAGUGGCUGUCAAUGCAGGAAAGGCUAUCAGAAACGUUACAGACAAUGUUACAGCCAUAGUGGAGCGCCUUGUCUUGGUCGUAGAGUAGAGAGGAGGGCUUGUAAACCGAAAGGAUGCAAGAUACCAG